AUGGAUUUGUCUGUUGAAUUUGGUACGUCUAAUGUUCUUCAUGCUUUUACCCCUGGUGGAACGAAGAUAUGGAUUCCAUGUUGUGAUAGUGAAAUUAGACCAACUAUAGGUAUGAAAUUUUCAAAACUUGAUGAAGCUGGGUUUAAAGAAAAACAAAAUAAUGUGGUGACAGAGAAAGUUGAUAGUAUCGGGGAAGAAGAUGAUAAUUUUGUAGAUGAUAUGAAUGUUGAAGAAGUGGUUGUUGGUCAAGAUAAAGAAGACUAUGAUUGUCAAGAAGCGAAUACUCCUAUGGUUAAAAGAAGAUUGUCUACUCGAGUUGGUUGUAAGGCAAAGAUGAUUUUAAAGUAUUGCGAAGAUGGAGGUUACAUUGUUUCUAAUUUUGGAGAAGGGCAUACUCAUCAUAUGUAUUCAUCCGAGAACUCUCAUUUUCAGAAGUCCAAAAGAAAGCUGACAAUGUUUCAUAAGAAAAUGAUAAUUGAUAAUUCAAAGGUGAAUAUUGGUCCUGUCAAGACAUACAGAAUGGUGAAGGAAUAUGUUGGUGGGUAUGAGAAUAUAGGCGCUAGUAGGAAUGACUUCAAAAAAUUUCAUAGAGAUUUGAAGGCGUAUAUUGAAGGAUCGGACGCCCAGAUAGCUUUAUGGGCAGAUCCUAUUUGCCGGAGAAAUUAUGCCGUAUUUGGUGAUAUGCUCUCGUUUGAUACAACCUACCAAAGCAACAGAUAUAAUAUGGUAUUUGGUCCAUUCACGGGAGUCGAUCACCACAAGAAAUGUGUCACUUUUGCUGCUGGUUUUAUUGCAAAGGAAGAUGUUGCUUCAUUCGAAUGGCUAUUUAGAACAUUUGUUAAGGCAAUGGGUGGUAGGGAGCCCAAUUGUUUAAUUACGGAUCAAGAUCCAGCUAUGAAAAUUGCUGUAAAUUCUGUUUUCCAACAAUGUGAGCACAGAUUUUGUAUGUGGCACAUAAUGAAAAAGCUGCCUGAUAAAGUUGGAAGGAAUAUCAUUCAGGAUACUGAAUUUUUGAAGGAACUCAGUAAGUGUGUUUGGAAUUUAGAAAUUGAGGCACCUGAAUUUGAAGAGAAGUGGAACAAUAUUCUUGUUGAGUUUAAAUUACAAGAUCAUGAUUGGUUGAAUUUGAUGUUUGAGAUGAGAGCUAUGUGGAUUCCAGCGUAUUUUAGAGAUGUCUUUAUGGGUGGUAUUAUGAGAACUACCUCAAGGUCAGAGAGUGAGAAUAAUUUUUUUACAUCCGUUGUAAAUCCUCACGUGUCUCUUGUGGAGUUUUUCAUGAGGUAUGAAACUGCGUUGGAUGCACAGAGACAUUAUGAAUUGAGGAAGGAAGAUGGUAUUGAUGUAGCAAUUGUUACUGAGGCAAAUAGGAGAAGGAAAUUUAAAGUUUUGUUUGAGUGCUUUAGUCAUGACACUACCUGCUCUUGUAAGCAGUUUUAUAGGAUAGGAAUCCCAUGCAGACAUAUGAUAUGGAUGUGGAAGGCAAAGAAUUUAAAAAGCAUUCCAAAGCAAUAUAUCUUAGAUCGUUGGACAAUAAAUGCUACUCAGAAACCAGUGUUAGAUAUAAGUUGUUUAGACACCGAAGAUGAUAGGCGGGUGGUUAUAAAUGAAAUGUGGUCGGAGAUAUUUUCUUGUGUGAGUUGGGUUAAAGGUCAUGAGGAGGACUUUAUUAAGAAUAUUCGAGAGUUCAAGAAUAAAAUUGAAGCGACAAAAAAUGUUACUUUGGAAGAUACUCAGAAUGUAAGAUCUAGUGAACAUGAUAUUGAGAUGUUAAUAGGAUGUAGCAUUCCUGAUGAAAUACUUGUUCAGCCUCCUAAAGUGUCGAAGAAUAAAGGUACAGGUGUUCACGAUGGCUCUGGAACUAGUGGGUCUAAAAGAUUAAAGGGUGCCAAAGAAAUAGCGGUUGAACAAUCUAAAAAGAAAACGAAGAGGAAAUGCAGUGGCUGUGGCGAGCUAGCAUAUCAUGAUAUUCGGAAUUGUCCUCACAAAGCAUGA